ACUAUCCUCAUGGCAAACAUUUUUCUUGGGAAAAAUAUUUGGAAGAAACCAGUUCCUUACCUGCACCUGCUAGGGCUUUUAAAGUGAAACUUUCUCAUGGAUUUCAGAAGAAUAUGAAACUUGAAGCUGUUGACAAGAGGAAUCCUACGCUUAUUAGAGUAGCUACUGUGGCUGAAACAGAAGAUCACAGAAUUAAAAUCCACUUUGAUGGCUGGGAUAGUAUUUAUGACUAUUGGAUUGAUGCAGAUAGCCCAGACAUACAUCCUGCAGGCUGGUGUGGAAAAACUGGACAUCCUCUUCAGCCUCCUCUUAGUCCACUGGAAUUAGUAGAAGCUUUAGAACAAGGAGGGUGCCCUACAGCAGGCUGCAGGGGAGUUGGACACAUAAAAAGAGCCAGGCAUAUGGGCCAUCACAGUGUGGUCAACUGCCCAUAUUCUGAAAUAAACCUGAACAAAGAGCAUAUUCUUUCAGACCGUUUAAGUGGAGAGACCCCUCCAAAUAAUCCACCUAUGCAUUGGAAUCGAAAGUCAGAAAUAAAUGAAAGAUCAGCCUCUCCUAUAAUCAAUAACAGAAAAUGUCCCAGUCCCAGUCACACUGGAGUUAAGCCUGCACCUCACAUACAGUCUUCAAAGGAGGAAAAUAAAGAUGUGAAACUUCUUUGCAAAAAGCCUUUAAUGUGUGAUGUCAAAGAAGAAAACUACAGGGGAGAGCAGACCAAGGAACUCACUGGGAAAGAUGACUGUGAAGAAAGAAAAACGGAAAAUGAAGUAUUGUCUAUAAACGAAACCAAAGAUAGCAAGGAAACCAAUAGCAGAAGUUCCCAUCUGCAGCCAGUCAUUUUAUCUUCCAAGCUCACAAUUCCUGCAUUUCCAUUGCGAUGGGAACAGCACAGUAAGCUCCUUCCUACAGUGGCUGGGAUUCCUGCUAGUAAAGUUUCUAAAUGGAGCACAGAUGAGGUCUCAGAGUUCAUUCGGAGUUUGCCAGGUUGUGAGGAGCAUGGCAAAGUGUUCAAAGAUGAGCAAAUCGAUGGGGAAGCUUUUCUUCUAAUGACCCAAGCAGACAUUGUCAAAAUAAUGAGUAUUAAACUGGGACCAGCUCUAAAAAUCUUCAAUUCCAUCCUGAUGUUCAAAGCUGCUGAUAAAAACUCUCAUAAUGAACUCUGAUAAAAGGUCUCCAGGACAACCUCUGCACUGCAGCCAAUGUUUUUACCCAAAGCACAAAGAAUACAGAAAGAGAACCUAGGAUGAACAUUUCAAAGGAAAAAAAAGUUUAAGUGCAUGAAAUAGAGAUACUUUCCAAAAAUUAGGGCAACUGGACACUUCUGAGAAGUGCUUAAGAUUUUUAGCAAGAUAAAAAAUUUAGUAGAGCAGGAACAUAAAGUUUGCCAACCUGGUGGUUUUAAUUUUCCUACAAUUAGCCACCUUAAUUUAAUUGGGGAACAAAUAACUAAGAGAACAUAUUGGAAUCAUGGUUAUAUUAGCCUUUUUUUAAAGAGUCACAAAAUAUAUACUUCGUGAAUUUACCCAAUGGGCUUAAUUAAUCUCUUUGUCCUAUUUGACCAUUUUCAUAAGAAAUUUUUCACAACUUAAAAAAUAGUUUGGAUGCAAUUAGUUAAUGGAAAUGGUUAACUCUUUAAUUUUGCCCUACAUUGAAAACUGCUAUUGACCCUGGUUGGUUUAUUCUAAGAAAACAUUGCUGAAGAUCAGUGCUGGUUUUUUUAAAAUUAUUUUUGCAUGGUUAAAAGAAAAAGAAAUACUUCCAGUAGCAUAUUUGGUAUGAAGUUAUUAAUAAGAACUACAAAAAGUUAAUGUAAUUAUAUUUCAUGUUGCAUUAUAUUACUUUAGUUCAUUCUGUUAAAAUAGAUACCAAUUAAAUGUGCAUAUGCAGAAUAAAAAUCCUGCAGUGUAAAAAAAACACCUUUUUAUAAGGAAUUAAAUUAGUUGAACAGAAAUAUUAACUCAAUAAUCUAAAAAUAGCAGUAAGGGAAAAGUUAAAACAGUUCUAUCCAAUUUAAAAGGAAUUUGUAAAAGUUAGGUCACUUGGCUUUAACAUGUGCAAUAGAAAAGAAUGUGAAACAAGAUCACCAAGGGUUAUAUUGCAUUGUUCUGUUCAGUCUUUUUUAUAAAUGUUGCAUCUUUUAUAUUUUGUUUGGACUUUUUACACUUAAAAUUGCAUUUAAAAUUGUUAUGCUUCAUAACUGCCAAAAUG